AUGGCGGCGGAGCGGGACCCCGAGGCGCUCGCGGCGGCGCGACCGCUGCUCACUGACCUGUACCAGGCCACCAUGGCGCUGGGCUACUGGCGCGCGGGCCGGGCGCGGGAAGACGCCCAGUUCGAGCUCUUCUUCCGCCGCUGCCCGUUCGGAGGCGCCUUCGCCUUGGCCGCGGGGCUGCGCGACUGCGUGCGCUUCCUGCGCGCCUUCCGCCUGCGGGACGCAGACGUGCAGUUCCUGGCCUCCGUGCUGCCCUCCGACACGGACCCCGCGUUCUUCGAGCACCUGCGGGCCCUUGACUGCUCCGCUGUGACGGUGCGGGCCCUGCCCGAGGGCUCCCUGGCCUUCCCCGGCGUGCCGCUGCUGCAGGUGUCGGGGCCGCUCCUGCUGCUGCAGCUCCUGGAGACGCCGCUGCUCUGCCUGCUCAGCUACGCCAGCCUCGUAGCCACCAACGCAGCGCGGCUGCGCCUGAUCGCCGGGCCAGAGAAGCGGCUGCUGGAGUUGGGGCUGCGGCGCGCUCAGGGCCCAGACGGGGGCCUCACAGCCUCCACCUACAGCUACCUAGGCGGCUUCGACAGCAGCAGCAACGUGCUGGCCGGGCAGCUGCGGGGCGUGCCUGUGGCCGGGACCCUGGCCCACUCCUUCGUCACCUCCUUUUCAGGCAGUGAGGUGCCCCCUGACCCGACACUGGCUCCGGCUGCCGGUGAGGGCCCCCGGGUGGACCUGGCUGCCAGCGUAAAAGUGUGGCUGGAGCGCGUGUGUGCCCACCUGGGGCUGGGGGCACAGGAGCCACACCCUGGGGAGCGGGCGGCCUUUGUGGCCUAUGCUCUGGCCUUUCCCCGGGCCUUCCAGGGCCUGCUGGACUCCUAUAGUGUGCAGAGGAGUGGUCUCCCCAACUUCCUGGCGGUAGCCCUGGCACUGGGGGAGCUGGGCUACCGGGCAGUGGGAGUGAGGCUGGACAGUGGCGACCUGCUUCAGCAGGCCCGGGAGACCCGCAGGGUCUUCCGGACCAUUGCAGCCCAGUUCCAGAUACCCUGGCUGGAGUCAGUCCCCAUCGCAGUUAGCAACAACAUUGAUGAGGAGGCACUGGCCCGGCUGGCCCAGGAGGGCAGUGAGGUGGACGUCAUUGGCAUUGGCACCAGCGUGGUCACCUGCCCUCAACAGCCUUCCCUGGGCUGUGUCUACAAGCUGGUAUCUGUGGGAGGCCAGCCACGGAUGAAGCUGACCGAGGACCCCGAGAAGCAGACGUUGCCCGGGAGCAAGGCCGCCUUCCGGCUCCUGGGCUCUGAUGGGUCUAUGCUGUUGGACGUGCUGCAGCUGGUAGAAGAGCCACCGCCCCAGGCUGGGCAGGAGCUGAGAGUUUGGCCUCUAGGGGCCCAGGAGCCCUGUACUGUGAUGCCAGCCCAUGUGGAGCCGCUGCUGCGCCUCUGGGUUCAACAGGGACAGCUGUGCGAGCCGCUCCCAUCUCUGGCAGAGUCUAGAGCCUUCGCCCAGCUGUCUCUGAGCCGCCUCAGCCCUGCGCACAGACAGCUGCAGAGCCCUGCACCAUACCAGGUGGCACUGUCUGAGAAGCUGCGGGCCCUAGUGGACAGUCUGAGUGCUGGAGGUCCCCAGUGAGAAUCUCAGUGGUGGGGGGCUGCUUGGAGACAACAAGAGUCACUCUUUGUCCCCCAUAA